AUGUCUAUGAAUCUUCGCCAACUUGACCAGUUAAGGCGUCGGCAGCUUCGAAUACUUGGAACCAACACAGGGCUCAGGAACAGCCUGACAUACGCCUCACAGGCUCGAACCGGCGUGGCUCUUUGUUUCGGACAAACUUGGGAGCUGAUUCGCCGCAUCCUACUGGUGCACUUCAUUCGCGGUCCCACUUGUAUUUUUGCAAUGCUGCUGUCCUUUUUGAUGAUCGCUGGUUCAGCGUUCUGGCCAACCGUUGGGCUUUUGGUCAUUUCGGACAGCGAAUCUUCUCUGAUGGGGCGCACGACUAUCGAGUCAGACUUUCCCGUCAAUAUGCCCAAAUGGUAUGUGGGUUACGAUGGCAGCCAGCCAGAUAGCGAGCUUCAGGCGGUUGGUAGGAAGCUUCUGGCUCACCUGAGUCAUAUUCAACGAGUUCCCUCUGAUGAACAUUGGUGUGGUAUGUUUCUCAACUGCUCGGAGCACGUGUACCUUGGAAUUGAUCCCACUAAAACUGGGGUCUUGUACCCGAGAAACCCAUACUACGUUAUCCUGGUACGACGAGUAUUCGGCGACAUUUUUGGAUAUCACAUAUAUUUGCCUUACAAAACUUUUCACACGACGGCAACCGCGACGAAAAUUUUCCUUCCAUUGAAAGAACAAGUGGACAAUUUUUUCCUCGAAGCAAACCGAAAAGGUGGAGCUACCCCUUUUUCCACUCGCAUCCGGUUGCAAGUGGCGGCGACAAAACGUGACAUCUACGCCGAGUCCCCCGAGCGAUGGAGUAUGGGAAAAGGAGGCAAAUUGUUCAUCAUCUCGGUCAUGUCCGCUCAUCAGUAUCUGAGUACCGCUUGCCUCGUGGUCUGUUUCGCUAGCAUCAUGUGUCUAGACAAGGAGACCGGAUUCCGCCCACUCAUGGCUUUGAUGGGCAUGCGACGAGUCUCUUACCUGUUGGCUCACUUUCUCAUUUGUCAAGUCGGAGUUUUGAUCCUCGCCGCGUGUGGCACAUUUGUUCAUAUGGCACUCGGAACUGAGCUGACAGAUCGGCAACCGAUCCAGUCGGAUUACGGAACCAUGUUUGGGACCAACGUGAUAAUCAGCUGGCACCAAUUUGGAAUCGGUCUCAUUCUGUGCUCCCUUACACGGUCCACAAGAAGUGUGAUGUUUCCGCUGCUGGCUCUAUUCGCGUCACUGGUGUUGGGACAAUUGGUGAUGACAAACCGCGUGUUGGAAGACGUAUUGUGGCAACGCGAAUCCUCAAUAGACGAGAACGGGUACUUGAUCCCGAGUUACGCCCUGGCUUCGCUACAUAUCCAGGUAGGUGAAGCACUUACUGUUCGCUCACUCGGUAUUCCCAUUAAGAACUACCUGAGUUCACGAAGGUAUUGGUUGGAUGUUUUAUAA